AUGACCCUUCGCUUCGUGCUGCUCUUCACUGAGCCAAUCGUCUUCUUUUUCUCACUCUGGGCAGCGUUCAGCUGGUCAAUCCUGUAUCUUUGCUUUGCCGCGGUUCCCCUCAUCUUCACUACGGUCUAUGGUUUCGAUCUCUCAACUGCUAACACCAUCUUCACAAGUUUGUGCAUCGCAUCGCUCAUCGCCACUCCGAUCAGCAUAUACCAGGAACGCUGGCUGAACACGAUAUUCAAUCCCAAGAUUCCAUUGGACAGACCAGAAAGAAGACUCUACUUUAGUUGCGUUGAGAGUAUCUGUCUACCGAUCGGCCUCUUCAUCUUGGGCUGGACGGCUCGAGAGCAGGUCCACUGGAUCGUCCCGGCUAUCGGCCUCGGCAUCUCAACUCUGGGGAUAUUCUCCAUCUAUUUGGCUGUUUUCAACUAUCUAGCGGACAGUUACCACGCUUACGCUAGCUCUGCUUUGGCGGCACAGUCAUUUUGCAGAAAUUGCCUGGGCGGCAUCUUCCCGCUUGUUACAGUGCAGAUGUACACCAAUCUCGGGUACGGACCGGCAUCUAGCCUGCUUGGUGGGGUCGGCCUAUUGCUUACCGCAGGUCCUUGGAUUCUUGUCGGAUAUGGCGAGACAAUCCGGGCGAAGAGUCGAUUUGCCAGCAAAUUGAAUCAGUGA